CAAAGCCUCCCUUCUCCCCUAUAUAUACCGCGUUUUCCCCUCGCCACUUCUCACCAUCACAUACAUCUCCAUUUCAAUUAUAUUCCUCUAACCUUUCAACAAAAAAUGGCGAGAUCUUCUGCCUGGCUUUCCCUCUCCCUCACCUUCCUGGUGCUCUUCAAUGGCUGCUUUGCGCGGCAGAGCUUCCAGCAGAGCCCCAACGAGUGUCAGCUCCACCAAAUCAACGCCUUCGAGCCCACCCUCCGCAUCCAGGCCGAGGGCGGCGUCACCGAGUUCUGGGACCCCUACAAUGAGCAGUUCCAGUGCAGCGGGUCCCAUGUCUUCCGCCACAUCAUCCAGCCCAGAAGCCUCCUCUUGCCUUCCUACACCAACGCCCCCCUUGUCGCCUACGUCCAACAAGGGUCGGGAGAGUUUGGGAUAGUGGUUCCCGGGUGCGCAGAGACGUACCAGUAUUCUCAGCAAUCCCAGCAAUCUGAGCAGGAGAGACACCAGAAGAUUGGAAGCUACAGACAAGGCGAUAUUCUUGUCUUCACCGAGGGAACAGCUCACUGGAGGUUUGAAGGACAUGCAAACUGCAAAAUGUCAUCUCCCUCUCCCCCUAUGUGUCAACUCCAAAGCCUCCCUUCUCCCCUAUAUAUACCGCGUUUUCCCCUCGCCACUUCUCACCAUCACAUACAUCUCCAUUUCAAUUAUAUUCCUCUAACCUUUCAACAAAAAAUGGCGAGAUCUUCUGCCUGGCUUUCCCUCUCCCUCACCUUCCUGGUGCUCUUCAAUGGCUGCUUUGCGCGGCAGAGCUUCCAGCAGAGCCCCAACGAGUGUCAGCUCCACCAAAUCAACGCCUUCGAGCCCACCCUCCGCAUCCAGGCCGAGGGCGGCGUCACCGAGUUCUGGGACCCCUACAAUGAGCAGUUCCAGUGCAGCGGGUCCCAUGUCUUCCGCCACAUCAUCCAGCCCAGAAGCCUCCUCUUGCCUUCCUACACCAACGCCCCCCUUGUCGCCUACGUCCAACAAGGGUCGGGAGAGUUUGGGAUAGUGGUUCCCGGGUGCGCAGAGACGUACCAGUAUUCUCAGCAAUCCCAGCAAUCUGAGCAGGAGAGACACCAGAAGAUUGGAAGCUACAGACAAGGCGAUAUUCUUGUCUUCACCGAGGGAACAGCUCACUGGGUCUACAACAGCGGCGAAGAACAAACUGUUAUGGUUGUUCUUCAGGAUACCUCAAACGAUGCUAAUCAGCUUGACGCUAAUCCUCUCAGGUUCUUCCUGGCCGGAAACUCGGAACAAAGCCAGGGAAACAGCCAUCAAGGACAGCGUGAACAGGGACGCCACCAACAGGGACAACGUGAACAGGAACAACGUGAGCAGGGGCGACAACAGGGACAGCAGCAGCACGGCGGACAACAAGAGCAGACACGGCGGUUGAAGGAGCAGUUGGGGUACAACAGCAACCUUCUAUCCGGGUUCGAUGUCCAGAUCAUCAAGGACGCGCUCAACACGGACAUGGAAACAGCGCAGAAGAUUGUGGGAGAAAACUCACAGCAGGAGAGAGGACACAUCAUAACCGUGGAGAGGGAGCUUCAGUUGAUCGCGCCGUGGUAUUCUCAAUCGGAAGAAAGGAAAUCCGGGCGACAGGGAGGAUCCUCAAACGGUCUCGAGGAAACCCUCUGCACCGCCAGAGUACGACAGAACAUCGACAACCCUGAGAGAGCUGACAUCUAUGACCCUCAGGCCGGCCGCUUCACCGCCCUCAACAGAUUCACCCUCCCCAUUUUUGGCCUCGUCCGCCUCAGCGCCUCCCGCGGGGUCCUCAACAGGAAUUGGGGAAUCGUACCAAAAUGGACCAUGAACGCGCACAGCUUCGUGUACGUGACAAAGGGCAGCGCACAAGUCCAGAUCGUGAACCACCAAGGAGAAACCAUCCUAGACCAGCAAGUCCAAGAAGGCCAACUCUUCCUCGUACCCCAGAACUUCGCCGUGGUGAAACAGGCCGGCGACCAAGGGUUCGAGUGGGUGGAAUUCAACACCAAUGAAAACGCCAUGUACAACACCCUCAGCGGCCGCACCUCCACUCUCGCCGGCCUGCCGGCCGACAUUAUCGCCGCUUCUUACGACCUAUCAAGCUCCAAGGCUCAGAGCCUGAAGCAAAACAUGGUUUCCACCUGGUUUUACCAGGCUUCUAAGGGGUCUCGUUUCGUGUAAGAAGGAACUAAAAUCAAGUAUGGGAGAUUCGGAGAGAGUAGUUGAAUUUGCAUGUUUUGGCCAUUAUGGAUUUGAGAAUAAGAGAGGAAACUGCACCUAAUAAUUAUGUUCAAAAAUAAAUAAAAUUUGGAGAUUAUAAAUUUCCAUUUCGUUUUA